AUGAACACAAAAUGUUUAAAUAAAUAUAUCAUAAUCAUCUUAUUAUUUUCUUUGAUCAUAAAGAGAUAUACAAGUCUUAAUAGAUACCACAAUGUAUGUAAAAUAAAAAAUCAGAGCUGCUUUCUUAAUCCUUGUACACACAAAAACAAUGACAAAAGGAAUUCGUAUUUAUACACACAUUAUACUAGAAAUAAUUCUUCAAUAAACAUAAGAAGAAAUAAUUUUCUUGAUAAACAAAAUGAUAAUAUAUCUGAUUAUAUUUAUGGUUUGAAUUCUGUUUAUGCAGUACUUAAGAAAAAUGAGAGGACCAUAGAGGAGGUCAUAGUUAAUAAGAACAUAAAACUGAAUAGAAAAAUCCAUAAACAAAAUUACGAAUACAUAUUUGACGAGCUAAAAAAAAGAAAUGUUUCAAUACAAUAUAUGGAAAAAUAUAAAAUGAAUGAACUGGUAGGAGGAUUUCCCCAUAAUGAUAUAAUUAUGAAAACACAUUAUAGAUACAUGAAUAAUUAUAAAGAUUUUAUUAAAAACAUAAAACACUUACCAAACAAAAAUAAUAUUUUUAUUUGUUUACAUGAUGUUUAUGAUAAUAUGAAUAUUGGAAAUGUAUGUAGAUCAAUUUUCUUUUUUGGAGGUCAUACAAUAUUUUUAAAAAAAAAAAAAAAAGUUAAUGAAAAAAAAAACAACGUCAAAAUCGACACACCCAUAUUACAUUCGAGUGUUGGCUCGUCCGAGUUUCUAAAUUUUUAUCAUAUAAACAAUAUGGCAAAUUUUAUGAAUCAUAUGAAGCUCAAUGGCUUUACAAUUUAUUCAACAAGCUGUCACAAAAACAAUACUUCAUGUCAUAAAUACAUAAACCUAAACAAUAUUAAAAUAAGAGAAAACGAAAAAAUAUUGAUAAUAUUAGGAAAUGAAAGUAAAGGAUUAAAAGAAGAUAUUUUAGAAAACUCAGAUUAUUGUGUAUAUAUAAAUAAUUUAAGUUAUAAUGAAAAUACUCAAUUUCAUAUAGAUAGUCUUAAUGUUAAUAAUGUAUGUUCUAUUAUGUUAAAUCAUUUUUAUUCUAUAUAA